UAAAGAAGAAACGGCUACCGCCCUUCUACUGGGUCUGGGAAAGUAGAAACGACAAAGAGACUACACAUACUGGCAACCAACUUUGCUCGCUAUUCUUAUCACUAUCUUCGAACCCUAACCCUAAGGUCCUAGUCAUUUUCGUCGUCUGAGGGACGUAGCCAAAGGUUGUCGGUCACGAUCAGCGCGUUCACUGCCCGCGAACACAUUCAUUUCACGAGCAGUGACUUUCUCUCCGUCCGCUAGUUCCUACAAAUCAACUUUCCAAGUCCCAGAAACACAAUGUCGACUUCAAGCUUUGAUCCUAACAAUGCUCAGAAUCUCAUCGAGAUAGAGAAGCAAUUUGCAGUGAAAGCGGUUGAACAUGCUCAGACGUACUGGAAUCUGCUCGAGAAAGUUCCUCCGCGUGCACUCAAAUUGACAAAGCUGGACGACGAAAUAUACGAGCAUACUAUGUCGGCGUUCCCUGAGUUUAACGUGGAGGGUCAUGCACCGCUCGUCAAGCUCGAUGAGGACUGGCUCAAGAGCGAGAUUGGAAAGAAGAAGUGGAGAGAGUUUUGUCAAGUGUAUGAAAAGAAAGUGAAAGAUUACAACUUUGGAUCUCUCAUCCGCACAGAUGCAAGGCAAGAGUAUGGGGAAACGAACACCAUCUUCGUCACACGAAUACAGUUCUAUGCCAUCGAGAUUGCCCGGAACCGACUCGGUCUAAAUGACGGGGCGCACGAAAUUGCCAAGGCAGAUGCCGAGAGGGAGAGGUUGAAGAAGGAGAAGGCGGCGAAGAAAAACGGCACAUCAUAGCCACUGCUUCUCCUCAGUGUCGUGUAACCUUUGACAAUUUGUAGGACUAAUUACAGCGGUGCGGGCAUUAUGUGUGUUUCUCAGACCCAGGGUGUCUGCUCGUUCAUAUUUGCAUCUGAUGAUGGAAUUUCUUCGCCCCUUGGUGGCGUCGAAGUGCCUUGCCUUAUCCACAGCCCGACGACGUCACCUGGGGCACUUCG